AAAUUUUACCUGUAUAUAUACGGUGCGACUUGUAGCGAAAAAAAGGUAAAAAGUUUGGUUUGACAUGUAAUGAACAUCUAUAAGUUAUUUGCAUCCAUGUCGAUCAACUGUUGAUGGGAAAUAUUGGAUGAGGAAAGGACUAAAUGGGCAAACCAGCUAAAAUAAAGGCAGGAAGAGUUGGACCACCACCAUUAAAAGAUGACAUCUUAUAUGUUAAUGCAUGUCAAGAAGAUCAAAUGGAAAUUUACGGGUAUGCUAAGAACAAAGGUAAAGAAAUCUGCAUGUGGAUUCUAUACUUCUUGACAGUAGGUUUACUACGGUUAUUUUUCUUCUGGUACCCACAUCUGAUGAUAGCAGCCACACAUGAGAAAAGUUCUUUAAAACAUGCAGUAGUUGUUGUCCUCAAGGACCAGUAUAAUCAAUGGUUUGUGGCCAAGGUUAAAUUUAAAGAGAGCAAUGGAAGGGAUGUCCAAAGUCCAGAGACUGGACAGGAGAACAAAGUAGAAGUUAUAUCUUAUAAGAAAGGAAAUUUACCAAAUACACCACUUAAACAGGGAGAUGUAGUAAGGGAACAGAGUCUUAUUCGAUUUUUUAUAACAAAGAAAGUGAAGUAUGUGUGGAACACAAGUUCUCAGGAAUUUGAGAAGGCAAAAGGAUUAGACCAUUCAACAAGAUGCUCAUACUUCCAUGAAGCUUCAGGACUUAGUCAUUUAGAACAGUCUCAAAGGAGACAUGUAUACGGCAGUAAUUCUAUUCAGAUCCAUGUGACACCUAUAAUCACAUUACUAUUCAAAGAGGUGUUAUCCCCAUUCUACAUAUUCCAGUUAUUUAGUUGUUCUGUGUGGUAUGCUGAUGAAUACUAUUAUUAUGCUUCCGCUAUCAUCCUAAUGUCAGUCAUAUCUAUAACAGUCACUAUUAUACAGACUAGGCGGAUGCAAAAAGCUUUGCGGAAUACGAUUGAUUCCUCCAGUAUAGUUACUGUUUGUAGAGGUCGUGAUGAAUACAUUGAAAUCUCGUCUGAAGAUUUAGUUCCAGGUGAUGUGAUAGAAAUACCAAGAAAUGGGUGUAUCAUGCAGUGUGAUGCUGUAUUAGUGGCAGGCAAUUGUAUUGUCAAUGAAAGUAUGCUGACCGGUGAAAGUGUACCAGUAACAAAGACCCCAUUACCAAAUACUAAAAUGUCUAAAUCUCAAGACGAUAUUUUUUUCAACAUUAAGGAACAUUCUCGUCAUGUUUUGUUUUGUGGCACUCAUAUCAUUCAGACCCGUUAUUAUGGAACCCACAAAGUUAGAGCUGUUGUCUUGAGAACAGGUUUUACAACAGCUAAAGGAGAACUUGUCAGAUCCAUCAUGUAUCCGAAGCCAGUAGACUUCAAGUUUAACAGAGAUACAUACAUAUUUGUUGGAGCUCUGGCAGCCAUUGCUGGUAUAGGAUUUAUCUAUACAAUUGUAUUGAUGGUACAAGCAGGAGAACAUCCAUCAGACAUUAUACUUCGUGCCCUUGACCUGAUAACAAUAGCAGUGCCACCAGCCUUGCCAGCAGCACUCACUAUUGGAAUUGUGUUUGCCCAGUACAGAUUGAAGAAACAACUUGUAUACUGCAUUAGCCCUAGAAGUAUCAAUGUCAGUGGCAGUAUCAAUGCUUUCUGUUUUGACAAGACUGGUACCCUUACAGAAGAUGGCUUGGAUAUGCAUAUAGUUGUUCCUAUGGAAAAUGACAAUUUGGACAAGGAGUACACAGACUUGAGUAAAGUGGACAAUGACAAUUUUAUAUCUGCAAUGGCAACUUGCCAUUCUUUAACUCUGAUAGAGGGUGUUCUAAGUGGUGACCCAUUAGAUCUUAUCAUGUUUGAAGCUACAGGAUGGGACCUUAUUGAGGAAGGGGAAAACUCGUCCAAGUUUGACAUGAUUGCACCAACCAUCGUCAGGCCAAAAUCUGAUGAAUCAAGAUCUUUUGACCAACACUUUAAGCCAUUACAGAAGGAGAUUGGAAUUAUACGUCAGUUUACAUUUUCCUCCAGUCUACAAAGAAUGUCUGUGAUUGUGAGAAUGUUAGGAUCACAACAUUUUGAGCUGUUUGCCAAGGGAGCUCCAGAAAAAAUAAUUCAGCUGUCUAAACCCGAAACAGUUCCUAAUGACUACCAUGACAAGUUGAUGAAGUAUACACAGCAUGGGUACAGAGUUCUUGCUCUUGCCUGGAGACAGUUGCCAGCUAAGCUUAAAUAUACUAAAAUUCAAAGAAUUCAAAGGGAACAAGUUGAGAAGGGAUUAACCUUUCUUGGAUUUUUGGUAACCGAAAAUCGGGUAAAACCUGAAACUACACCUGUCAUAACACAGCUAAGACAGGCCAACAUUAGAACUGUUAUGGUUACAGGAGACAACAUGUUAACAGCUUUAAGUGUUGCUAGGGAGAUUGGUAUGGUUCCACCUAAAGAGAGGGUUGUGUUAGUUCAAGGCUAUCCAGAAUCAGGCAAAACUGAUGCUUAUUUGGAGUUUGUUUAUGCAGAGGAAUACAAACAGGAGCCAACAAAAACAGGAUCUGCUUCUAUAGAGGAAGUUACAGUAGACAUUUUACCAAGGGAUGAUGGAAAUACUUUCCAUUUUGCUAUUGAUGGCCGUUCUUGGUCAGUUGUAAGGACACACUUCGAUGAUCUGCUUCAAAAGUUAUGUGUACGGGGAACAGUAUUUGCUAGAUUUUCUGCAGAACAAAAGGGACAAUUAAUAGAGACAUUACAAGAAUUAGGUUAUUUUGUUGGGAUGUGUGGAGAUGGAGCCAAUGAUUGUGGGGCCCUGAAGACAGCACAUGCAGGGAUAUCUCUCUCUGAGGCAGAGGCAUCAGUUGCCUCUCCAUUUACCUCUAAAAAACCAAAUAUAGAAUGUGUUCCUACGCUUAUCAGAGAAGGUCGAGCAGCGUUAACAACAUCAUCUGGAAUCUUUAAGUAUAUGGCUUUGUACAGUUUAAUACAGUUUAUGACAGUUUGUAUUUUGUACUGGAUCUCUAACAACUUGACAGAUUUUGAAUUCCUAUAUAUAGAUCUGUUUAUACUUACCACACUUAGUACAUCAUUUGGAGCCACUGGAGCCUAUGGGAAAUUACAUCCAGAACCUCCACUGAUAAACCUUUUUAGUAUUGGACCAAUCCUGACUCUUAUUUUACAGACAGGGAUACAGGCUGCAGCUCAGGUUUUUGUCUACCUCAAUGUUCAGAAACAACCAUGGUUUAAACCAUUUGUUGACAAUGAAGACGAUGCCUAUGAAAGUUACGAGAAUGCUUCUGUAUUUCUGAUAUCAUCAUACCAAUACAUUAUACUAGCUAUUGUCUUUUCAAAGGGAAGGCCAUACAGAAAGACUAUUUUCUCCAAUUAUUUUUUCCUUGUCAAUAUAGUGUUUUGUUUGGCCUGUACAGUAUGGCUACACAUAGAACCACUAGAAAUGUUUAGAGAGUUUAUGGAGUUGGCAGAUAUACCUUCUAUGGAGUAUAAACUAAUUUAUCUGGGAAUUGUUGCAAUCAACUUUAUUCUUUCGUUUUUAGUUGAAUCAUAUUUCUGUGACAGCUACUUAAUCAGCAGAAAAUUACAAGAAAAAAUCAAAGAGAAUUUCUUCAAUAGCCAAUUUAAAUACAAGGCAUUGGAAGAGGAGAUUUGUCAGUCGCCUCACUGGCCACCUGUUUCUUCCACAACGGAUCUUGUUGAAGUUUUCCAACGUAUGGACAGUGCAACAUCGGUAGACAUUGAUCGUACUAGUUUAAUGAGCAGUCUGGCAGACUCUGCAAGUGAGACUGGGUCACUCAGAAUCAAAAAUAUGGAAAUCACAGCAACACUUGACACCCAGGCAAGCAUGGCCACACUCGACACACAAACAUCUACUGUGGAUGACGAAGCACAGCUCGUUGAGGAUGGGGUAGAUAAUCCUGGAUUUGAGGAAGAUCAGCCUGAUAUUGGCUUACAUUCUACAACUACCACAAUUGUAUAAUGAAUCCUUAGGAAUUUCAUUUUUUGUGUGUAAUUAUACAUUAUUUGAAUGGUUAAUUCCUGGUAUCCUUUUUAUAUAUUAUUUAAAGUUUUUAUAGAAACAAUUAUAUUGUAAUAAAAUGCUUUUAGGCAUAUCUAGAGGAAAAAUCAAGAAUGUCAUCAAGCUUGAAUAAGUGAAAAUAAUACAAAAUAUAUACUGUUCUUUUUUUUUUAAAUUUCAUAUUAAUUUACAAGAUAUUAAAGUAUAAAGUUCGCUUGGUGUGUAAUGCUGUAUAUGUAGGUGCAUUAAGCAUUUCACUAUAUGCAAUUUAAUCGUGAAAUACAGUAUCCUUGGUGCAUUAAGAUAUGUAUUAUGUCUCCUAGAUGUUUUUUUAGGUUAAAAUUGGUGCAGGCUGGCUUUUUAUUAAUUAAAUUUGCUAGUUCCCAAAAUAAUAUAUGACAAACUUCAUAUUAUAUAACUAUGUAUGUAUUAUUCACUAUUGCAUAAAUAAUUACCAUGAAAUUAAUAAACUUGAGUUUUGUCUAAAUUUAAGUUUCUGUGGAGAGGUGUGUACAGGCUAUGCAUUAGAAACUGUUUAACACCAUUUGAUGCUUAUUAUCUAGAAGAGAAAAAGUACAUGACAUUCAGUAGAAACAAUGUCAAUUUCUGCAUGCAUCAUAAUUUUUUUUUCUAAACACUGAUUUUUUUUAUUUCUCUAAACAUCAUCAGUAUUAUUGUGCACUGUAUUUUGAUAUUAAUAGAAAUGUGAGUUUUUUUGUCAAUGAAAAAGCAACCAAUAGACUUUUGACUGGCACAGGAAUAGAAAGUUUAAGUUGUUUUAUACGACCGAAAACAUUUUAUUGGGAUCGUAUAAUGGUAUGAUGUCGUCGUCGUCUGCGUCGUCGUCCGAAGACACAUUGGUUUCCGGAAAUAACUUUAGUUUAAGUGAAUGGAUCUCUAUGAAAUUUUGUAAGAAGGUUCAAUACCACAAAAGGAAGGUUGGGAUUGAUUUUGGGAUGAUGGUCCCAACUGUUUGGGAAUUAAGGGCACAAAAAGGGUCCAAAAAGAAGCAUUUUUCUAGUUUCAGGAUAAUAACUUGUGUAUAAGUAUUUAGAUUGCUCUGAAAUUGUACCACAAUGUUUAAUACCACAAGUAAAAGAUUGGGAUUCAUUUUAAGGGUUAUGGGGCCAACAGUUUAGGAAUUAAGGGCCAAAAAGGGGCCAAAAAGGGGCCAAAAACAAGCAUUUUGCUAGUUUCCAGACAAUAACUUGUGUGCAAGUGUAUGGAUCUCUCUGACAUUGUAACAUAAGGUUCCAUACUACAAAGGAAAAGCUGGGAUUGAGUUUUGGGGUUAUUGCUCCAAGGGGGGUUUCAAAAAUUUGGGGGGGGGGGAUUUUUUUCCCAAUUUUUUAAGGGAUUCAUAUUUUAUUUCAAAAUUUUUAAAAUUUGAAUUUUUGAAAAGUUUCAAGAAAAAAUCUUCAAUUGCACAGUAUUGUGCAAUGAAUUUAUACGAUCUUUGACCACAUUUAUUUUGUGUCAGAAACCUAUAUUAUGUCAAAAAUUCAGACAGUAUCAAGCUUGAAUAAUGUGUCCAAAUUUGCCCCAACUGUUCAGGGUUCGACCUCUGCGGUCGUAUCAGGCUGCGCUCAGCGAAGCAUUUUAUUUUAGCAUUUACAAAAGACUCAUUAGUGAAGCUCGAAUCUAAAAUUCAAAAGUUAAAAGGCCAAAUAAGGUACAAAGUUAAAGAGCAUUCGGACUCAAAAUUGUAAAAGGUUUUACCAAAUACAGAUAAGGUAACCUUUUCCUGGGGUAGAACACCCUUGCUAUUUCGAACCUUUCAAGUUUUGUAAACAGUUGAGUUACUGAAACCUGCAAUGAUCUCAAAGCACUUAAUCUAAUGGUUUGAAAGGAAAGAGUUGAAAUUAUUUUCCAGUUCGAUUCAUUCUUGCGAAAAUAUGUCUAUAUAGAAAUGCAUGUCUUUUUCUAGUUUUUUUCCCAGAUGUUGAAUGGCAAUUUUCAUACAUUUCACCUGUUCUUGUUCUUAGUAGACAGAUUCUGUAUAUUUACUCAAGAUUUUGAUUGUACAUGCAAAACAUGAAUAUUGUUGGCACAUUUUUAUAGAUAUUAACCAUUUAAAUUCACUGAUUUUAGUUAUGAAAGUCUGUUUCAUAUCUGUUGUGAUUAUUUUAUAUGUUUAUAUAUAUGUACCGGUAUAAUAUAUUAAAAUGUAGCUCCCAAAAAUAUAUUCUUAGAUUUCUUUGUAAUUUUAUAUAAAGUUUUUGGUAUAUAUUUUAAUAAAAUGUAAGAUCUGA